CCCCCCAGAUUCACUCCCUAGGUGUGUUUGUUUACUGGUUCCUCCCUGUCUUGCUCAAAUGUUCCAACUUUACAAAUCCCGGGAUCUCAGGACGCACAUCACCUCUCCCCAAUUCCUGACCCUGCGUUUGGCCAUGGGCACCUCCAGCAUCUUCCUCUGUGUCCUGUUCCUCUGUGGUGCACUGGAUCUCACCAUGUCCCCUGCCCGGGGAAGGCUCCGCUGUUACACCUGCAGCUUGGCCAAACCCUGCUACCCUGUUCCCACCAAGUGUCAGGACGAUGAAGCUUGCAGCAUAAGUACUGGCACCUCAGGACUCUGUGAGAUCAUCGAGCGAAAAGGCUGCCUCCCAAGGGCCCAGUGCCCUCUGCCGAGCCAUGCCACCUACUGGCUGCGCUCCUACAUUCUGCGGCACCACUGCUGCUAGCAGGACCUGUGCAACAUGGCCGCUUCCCCACAGCAGCUCACCAGCCUCCUUGUCUCCCUGCCCCUCCUUGUGGCCAGUUUCGCCAGGAGAGGACACCUCCUCCACUAG